AUUUUUCUCUCAGUGUGGAAACUAAAUUUAUGCAAUCUCACAUUAAGCGACGUUGAUACAACGAGAAAUUUCAACAAAUUCUAACAGCAAGGAUAAGAGUAAUAUACAAACUGACAGAUCAGCCUGCAAAAUGAAUAGUGGUUUAAUUUUCUGCGGAAUUAGUUUGCGAUAAAAUCAUUCGCGAAUAAAAUCAUACUGCCACAAAUAUCUGUCCACAGGCGUAAAAAUUUGCCGACUUGUGGCACAUUUAAUAAACUUGUCUCGCGGCCCCAAGCCGUCUGCGUCGCGUAGAGAUACCGGAAUCGUUUGCGACACAUGGUCCAUGAGAAUUAUCGAUGCGUCCCACGCACAGACACACGGGAAAAGGGACACACACACACGCCAGAGAAAAAGACAGGCUCGCCGAGAGAGAAGAACGGCAGGUUGUCCUGUCCCUCGCUGGCGAGGCGAUCAGUUUCCGUUGGGCUGCGAGUGCGGACGCGUCAGCAGUGAAUGAAAGUCAUCGAUGGGCGCGACACGGAUGCCCGUGGGGAUGGGUUCUCGAUAAUUCAGGCAACGAGCCAAAGUGCCGCGGGGGAUGCAUAUUUCAUUUUUCGCGAGUCGACUUUAGACGCGAGAGAAUUGACGUCAUGUCCGAUCCGCAACGCGCCGCAAUUGCGCCCGGGCAAAAUGCCAGUGUUACUGUGAAAAAUGGAGUAGAAAGGAAUACGCGUCGUGUUAUAUCAACGUAAUAUAUGUAUGCUCAAGUUACCGCUGAUUCGACGCUGGCACCGGAAAUGUAUCGGAAAUUUAUAAAUUCGUAAUGUAAUCGCUCUCGAAAGGGGACGAUUAUUUCACGUGUUAAAGCCAAAAAUUAUGACUUUUUUAAUCAUUCUUUCGUCGCGAUGAUGAAUGGAGAGCUUCGAUUAAUGUAGUAUUUUACAUUGAAAUAUUUAUCUCCGUUUUUUUUUUUUAUUUAUUUUGCUGCAGUCACGUCUUCGUUAUGACUUCUGCAAUUACUCUUGGCUCUCUCAUUUUCCUACUCGUCUUACCGUGAAUAUUACGUUGGAGAUAUGUGAUCUUCGUAGCCGAGAGAGAACCAUAUUAUACGGAAAAGUAUAUAAAAAUAAUUGACAGCGAGUAAAUCGCCAUCGCGAUGAAACAUUUAAACUGUCCUGGGGAUCAAUACGCUGCUCUUUAUUUUAGAACACAUUUCAAACAUAGAUCAGUUUAAAAAAAAAAAAAUUGUACGUGCAUUUGCAGAGAAAAAAAUUCGAGAUAAAUGAGGGAAAGCUUGAAUUUAAAUUGAGCUUGAAAUUAAAUUAUACAUUAUUAAAUUUCGAAAAAAUAACUGAAGAGUGAAAGACGAACUUGAAGACAUAUUUGUUGGACGAAAACCUUGAUUGUGCAUUUUUGAAAAUUGUCAGGAACCGAUCAACAGGAGGACUGAAUGAAAUUAAGCCUCGACGAGUAAUUUUGGUCAGGAAAAAGAUAAUUAUACGUAUUCGAAAACUGGUGCUCAAUUAGAAACGUUUGGAUAUUUCGGAGGAUGUUGGAACUUGUGGAACGCAAAGCCAGUGGCAUCUCCUGGCCCACGUGUCGCGCUCGAAAUCUCGAUAACUUCGGGAAGAAUCCCAAGGGGGGAGGCGUGCUCUUGAGAUGCGCAGAGAGGGGUUGCAUGCGCGAGAAACGAUGGAGGAGAGACAGCAAGGGUUUGCUUUGCUCUCUAGGCCAGCUGGGCUGCAGCGACUCUUACAGUCCGGACACGCUGGGAACGUGGAAAUUUCAUAAGGUGUCUCGCACGAGCCAUGAGGGGAUGAGCACUGGAGCAGGAGAUGGAGGUGGGGGCGGAGGUGUCGGAGGUGUCCAGAGCAGCGGUGGUGGUAGAAACACACCACCGCAUGGCUCGCCCACCCCCAUGGAUAAGGCGACUUUAAAAGUCCAUCUUCCUAACGGUGGUUUCAAUGUCGUCAAAUUUGGCGAUGCGAUUGACGUUAGAGGUAUCAUUUCCCUGGUGACUAGUCGACUGGCCGUUGGUACCAGGCACUACCGGAAUUUGUACGCGAUGAGGCUGCACCAUCCCGGAUCCGGAGAGAGUUAUUGGUUGCACCAAGAUACAACGAUGUAUCAGGUGCAAGAGAAAUACGAGCGAAAGCAUCCGCACUGCGAAUGGAGGUACGAACUUCGAGUGCGUUAUCUUCCUCAGAAUCUGAAUGAUCUCUACGAGAAGGACAAAGUCACGUUCUAUUACUACUACGAUCAGGUGCGAAACGAUUACCUACUCGCGAAUCACGCCGCUCUGGAUCAGGACGUCGCUGUUCAGCUCUGCUGCCUGGAGAUACGCUACUUCUUCAAGGACAUGCCGCAAAUUGCUCUGGACAAGAAGAGCAAUCUCGAAUACCUGGAGCGUGAGGUCGGUCUGCAUAAAUUCCUACCACGUUCCGUGCUGAAUGGGAUGAAGGCGAAGGCACUUCGAAAAUUGAUACAGCAACACUUUAAAAAAGUCGCAGCGUUGUCCGAACUCGAGUGCAUGUUUAAAUUCUUCGACCUACUGCGCGCGUACUAUCGAUUCGAUCAGGAAAGGUUUAUAUGCGCUUUAGGGUCAAGCUGGUCGAUACCCGUGGAACUAGUCAUCGGACCGGAUUUGGGUAUAUCGUACAUGGCUCAUCGAGGAGGAACAGUGCCGACAAGGAUGGCAGAAUUCUCGCAAAUACAAUCCAUCCAAACGUUGGUGUCGGAUUGCAAAGAACACGCAAAGGCCUGCAUUAAAUUAAGAGUCGCGGGUGCCGCGGAAACUCUUAGCAUCACUUGCUCCAGUCUGGAUCAAGCGGAGAGUCUUGCGGAUUUGAUUGACGGAUAUUGUAGACUGGUCACAGGCAGCAACACUUCAUUGUGGAAUAGAAAAGCUGGAUCGUGGAAAAAUUAUCCUUGUCCAUGCAAAGAUGCACAACCGCCAAAAUACAGGCAAGAAGGUGGUGCCAAUAGUCCGGCCGGCGAGAAGAAUACAAGUUCCAAAACUGGAACAAUUUUGUCCGAGGAUUACGCGGAGAUUGUUGAUGAAGAAGGAGAUUAUUCAACACCAGCUACUCGAGAUUAUGAAAUAGUCCGAAAUCAAGUGGAACUAGGUGAAAUUAUAGGGGAGGGUCAAUUUGGUAACGUCCAUAAAGGAUCGUACAAGGGAAGGGACGGUCAAACUAUCGCCGUUGCCGUUAAAACUUGCAAGGUCGAUGCGGAUCUCGCUACUGCCGAGAAAUUCCUCGAAGAAGCUUAUAUUAUGCAGCAAUUUGAGCAUCCUCACAUUAUUAGACUGAUCGGAGUCUGUUCGGAGGCGCCGAUUUGGCUCGUGAUGGAAUUAGCUAGACUUGGAGAAAUGCGCGCUUAUUUACAAUCUAAUAAGCACCGUUUGGACCUUGCUACACUUCUGUUGUAUACUUUUCAAUUGAGCACUGCCCUGUCCUAUCUUGAAAGCAAGAAAUUCGUGCACAGAGAUAUCGCUGCAAGAAAUGUGCUAGUUUCGUCGCAUAGUUGUGUCAAGUUGGCGGAUUUCGGCCUCAGUAGAUGGGUCGAAGAUCAGAGUUAUUAUACCGCAAGCAAGUGUAAACUGCCAAUUAAGUGGAUGGCACCGGAAAGCAUAAACUUUCGAAGAUUUACGACUUCGUCAGACGUUUGGAUGUUCGGUGUAUGCAUGUGGGAGAUUUUAAUGUUAGGCGUCAAACCAUUCCAAGGCGUGAAGAAUAAUGAAGUGAUACGCAAGCUGGAGAAUGGAGAACGACUCGCACUUCCCAAUCAUUGCCCGCCACGAUUGUACUCCCUGAUGUCUCAAUGUUGGAGUUACGAACCCAGUAAAAGACCGACGUUUAAAGAAAUUAGAGAAACUUUACACGAAAUCUUAAUAGAAGAGAAACAUCAACAACAAGAAACAAUGAGACGAGAGAAUAGAAGAGUGCAAGCCAUGUCCUGGGGUGCAGACGAUGUACCGCCACCAAAACCCUCCCGACAACCGCAGAAUACGACAGAGCAAUCGCAGUUAUCCGCAGCGCCAGUGUCCACGUACAUCGUGGCGCAGAGUCCCGAGGUUCUCGCGCAGCUUCUCAAGGACAACCAAGCCAGAGGGGUAUGUCCCUCCGUGUACACGACUCCCGCAUCCCCCUUCAAUACCUUGGCGGUGCAGUUUCAAGAUGAGGAUCAAAUUCUGACCACCUCCCUCGUGUCCGAUCUGCCCUUUUUCGAUCCCGCGCUCUCCGAACCACCGUCCAUUGUCACGCACGACACUACCCAAUCGGGCGGUGACUCCACUCUAUCUGAUACCAAUCUAGAUUCCCUCGAUUCCUCCCUCGAUAACGCUCCCCUCAUGUCGAGCCUGAGCAUUUCAGACACGGCAACGCAGACGCAGUCGCCCGCCGCCAACCGAAAGCAGCAGAAGGUUAAAGAGAUGCAAAACUUGUAUGCGGUUAGCUCGAAGGUGGUCGGUAGCGUCACGGGGGACCUGUAUUCCCCCGUGCAGAAAUUCGUCGCGUCCAGCGCGACGCCGCCGCCGCCAUCCGCGGCCGCGUCAGCCGCGGUCGCGGGCAACACCUGCGGCGAGAUAUACGGACCGGUCGCUAGUUUCACCCAGAGCUCGGCUAUCGUUGGUAAUCUCAGUCAAAGCGCUAGCAUAGUAGGUGGUAAUUACGGUGAGAACCCCGGGAACUUUGGCCCCAGUAGUUUGGGCAGCAAUAUUAUGAUACCGAAUAGUAGUAGUCAGGCGCAGUUUGUCACGCAUGCCCAGCCGAUUAAUUACGGUAAUUUUGCGCCUAGUAAUAAUGCAAACCAAGCAUUUAUUGGUGGUGGCGGCGGUCAGUCUACGAAUCUGAAUGCAAGCGGCGUACAGAAUGUUGGUGGUAGCGGUGGUGGUGGUGGUAGUAGUAGCGUUGCUGUUUACCCUCGUAAUAUUAGCUCGACGAAUGUAACUGCUGGUUCAAUGUCGAACGCAGAGUGUUUGUACGGCCCAGUUCUCAAGUUUCGCGCGCAAAACGCUCAGCCUCAGACGACCACGAACGAAUCGACGAAGCCUGUUGGUGUGACGGUUGGGAAUAAUUACGGUCAGGCCGCAAGAAACAACCUGAUGGCGCAGAAUCUACAAUCGCAACAGCCAAUAUAUCCGCAGAACUAUCCGCAUCAGCAGAUCUAUUCUAAUAUCACUCAGCCAGGGCAGCAGGCUAUGUAUCUGCCACAAAUGCAACACGUGCAAAAUAUUGCUCGGCAGAACGCUGUACCGCAGGUUGUAUCAUACGCAGCGAUACAACAUACGAAUCAACAAUCUCAUCAAUUGAGUGGCGCCAAUCCCAUUUACACGGCCCAUGCUACGUCCGUGUCGGUAGUUCAAGCACAAAAGGUACACCUACCGAAUUAUAUCCAUCAAGCGCAGUCAUCGACAGGAAUUAGCGGCCAGACAACGACUUGUCAAGCAACGAAUCAGUCAGCGAAUAUCGGAAUAAUACAAGCUUCCUCCGUUCCAUCGCAUUUUAUCGUGUCAUCUUCCGUGACUCAACAAAAUAUCCAUCCGAUUCCAUCUACCUAUGUGGUGGAACAACCGAGUUCCCUUGGCCCGAUAGAUCACACUCAAGUGCACGCUACGCUUGCCAGUAAUAUAACGAUGAGUACUUGCGGUAUGCAUCAACAAAUAGCCCAACUAGGUCCAACUAUUAGUGGCGUCGCAAAGGUGGUAAAUGUACCACAAAUGGCGACAGGCGUCGCCAAAAUCACCACGUUCGUGACAUCGCAAAAGCAAGACGAACAAUUGACGAGUUCGACAGACGGCACUCUCUCCGGUUCUUUGAUCUCUUCCGCUGUCAGUGACAGCACCAUGUCAUCUAGCAGCUCGAUGACAGAGGAGGCACAACAAGAUCAGAGGAACGCACACUCGCAAUUGUUUGACAAUCCGACCGACAAUUUCAACAGUGGCAUUGAAGAUGAACAAAAGUUACUGGAGCAACGGUUAUUGGAGCAGCAACGACAGUCUGAAGAAGAUAGUCGUUGGCUCGCAAGAGAAGAAAAACGCUUAUCGAUUGCAACGAGUGGUGAUGAAAGUGCUAGUCCCCCAGUUCCGCGAUCAGUUACUCAAUCACCAAGCCAUGAACCACAUUCCACCAAUACUGGCUCUCUUGGCUCAGAUAAAGGUUCCGAUAAAGUAAUUAUAGUAAAGAAAAUGGAGCCUACACCUACUGCAGAUUUAGACAGAACCAACGAUAAAGUCUACGACUGUACAACAAGUGUCGUGCGUGCAGUUAUGUCAUUAUCACAAGGUGUUCAACAGAGCAAGGCUGAUCAGUAUUUAGAACUAGUACGUAGAGUAGGUAUCGAAUUAAGAGCAUUACUGUCUUCUGUGGAUGUUCUUGUAGAAAUAUUGCCAAUAUCCGCGCAUCGUGAAGUGGAGAUGGCUCAUAAAGUAUUAAGUAAAGAUAUGGCGGAACUCGUGGCCGCUAUGAAACUAGCGCAAAAUUACAGUGCCACUACGUUAGACGCUGAAUAUCGAAAAGGAAUGCUUUCUGCAGCUCAUAUCUUGGCAAUGGACGCAAAGAAUCUCUUAGAUGUGAUCGAUUCCAUCCGUAUUCGUUAUCCAUAUGUGGAUAAUCAAAUUUGUCAGAAACAGAGCGAUGUUGUUAACAGGACGCGAGAAUCCACGCCCGAGAACCGUAUUCGCUCGAGCCAGUCUGGCGAACAAUUUUUGAGAAGAAGUCAGUCAAGUGAACGACAGGGAACAACCUUCAGACAAAGUCAAAGUGGUGAUCUGUUGCAUAGAAUGGGGCAAUCUGUGGAUCGAACUUCACCAGGAGGUCAAUCCGAUCCUAAUUCCGGCAGCAGUUUAGAAAGAAGACAUAAUAUAGUAACCAACAGUCUUGAACGUAACUCAACAACAAGGAGACAAAUGGCCACUAAUAGUUUAGAAAGAAAGAGACCUUCAUUGACAUGUAACGCUGGGCCUAUGAAUAAUUCCGUUAAUUUACCGCCUAUGGUGCCAGUCUCUUGCAAUUUAGUACAGACUGUUAGUCCCGUCAUACAUCCAAGUCAGUCAAUUGCAGCAGGCGUUAAUCAGCAGACGGUAUUUGCGGCCAAUAGUAAAGCCACAAGUGAGACUCCGAUAAAUGACAGCUAACAACGAGAUAUCUUGAAUUGAAAUAAAUGAUAUGAAUGCGUGGCUUUCUCGUAAAAAUCUAUGCGGAUUAUCAUUUUUUUAUAUGCCGAUUCCAGGACUACUUCGGAUUAUUGCUUAAUAUGUAUAUAAACAGACAUUCUCCUAUCAAGUUACCCGGGUAUACAUCUACACGAAUACUUCAGCGACAGGAGAAAUCUAGUAUUUGUGCUUUUUAGCUCUUUUUAACUUUUAAAAAUAUGCAAGCAUUUUAUCUAUGCGUACUUAUAGAUAGGACAGUAUUCAUUAGUUGUAAUAGGAUUAGUUAGUAGGAUAGUUUAAUAGAGGAUUUAAGUCACAACUAUAUAAUGAAAUCACAACUCCAAAGCUUUAGGAUUAUCACAACUAUUUGUUAUGCGAUGACUGCAUAUACGAGGUGAUGCAAGUGAUGUUCUACCGCAAAAAAAAAUACUAGACAAGCAUUUAUUAAUAUUAACAUUAUUAAAUAAGACUUCGAUUAAAAAGACUUCGAUUCAUUCGCAUUCUCCGUAUUUAUUUUAAGCAUCGCGAGUUUUACUUCUACUAGUGAUUGGAAAAUUUUAUUUGCGUCAUCUCGUAAUUGAUAAUGUAUACAUACAUACAUAUAAAUGUAUUUUAGGGGUGUGUAUGUAUAUAUUUAUAAAUAUAUAUUUAAAAACGAGUAAUAUCUUCUCUCUUCAAUCAACAUUGCGCGAAGAUAUAAUUUCUUGUAGGACAUAAUCUUACAAUGUUGUUUUUAAUACAAGUUCGUAAUUUCAUAGUCUAUUUCCUACCUGUAGGAAUACUAUGGGGAGUGAUUACAAUGUAAAAAGAGGGACUGAAUGUUAUUUCUAUUAAAUAAUUAUUUAAUGAUUCAUACCAAUUUGCGACAUUUUAUAUAUACGAAAUGUUUUAUAAAAUACAAAAACCAUUUUUCAGCAAUGAGUCAGUUCCUACGAGAUAUUUUUAGGAAGUUACAUCUUUGCAUAUAAGAAUACCAUUCAUAGCUCAUCACUACAAUUUGCGGCGGCAGUUGUGCAUAUACAUGUAUGGUGUAUUUACAAAAUUCAAAUACUUUAUAGAUAUGAAAAAAGUAUUAUUGCGCUUUAUUGUGUUCCUGGGGGAACUCGAUUUAAUCCGCAAGGAAUCUUGAUAUUCCGAAACAUUAUAAUAAUGAUUGUAUUAUUACAUUUUACUCGCUUAUUGUUACAAUUGGCAUGGAUGUAAAAUAUUUAUAAAAAGAUUUGUGAAUUUUAUAUCUUAAAUGAUAUGUGGCUUUAAAAAUUUAUGUGCCAAGAUGUGCUUAUACGCUCAGAAGAAAAAGAAUGUAAUGUUUGUAUUAUAUAUUUCCUGAUAAAGGAGUUGCUUCCCAGGAACUCAUAAUGAAUAUUUAUCAUUACUGAUGGCACUUUUCCACAUUGCAAAAACAUAAUGCACUUCUUUAAUUUAUAUUGAAAACAUGUAUAACUGAUAUUCAUUAUAUUUGAAAGUAGAAGAACAUUAAUGUUAAUUAAAUUGCCAAUUUGAUCAAUUAUAUUCUGCAGUGUAAUGAUAUACACAUAUUUCUUUUUUAUCACUUUUUUACAGAUAUUAAAAUUACUCAUUGUUAUGACAAUUGUCUUUCAUUUUCAAGAUAUAACAUCGUAAAUAUUGAAUAUUUAAAUGGAUAUUGU